AUUAAACCUGGAAAACAAAUUCUUGACACAAAAAACUCCCUCCUUCCAACGUUUAAUAUUUUUAGAUGAGGAAAAUUGAAUAAGAUAAACACGCUAAUUUACAAAUAGGGAGGCAAAAUUUAUAAAUACACAAGUUGUUCGAGGUGGAUGGAGACAAGUUACUAACUCCAUUUUAAAUGUCAAAAUAUGAUUGAACAACUUGCAUUAUAAUAUUUUAGAAAACUUUUAGAACUUAAAUGUACCUGUAGACAUUUCUUGAAGAUCAUUUGGAAUCCUUGGUGACUUUUAUUGGGCUAAUUGCCAUCACGCCGACACACUUCAAGAGCAUUGCAAGAAAGACAAGCCUCCUCCCAUGAAAUCCACAGUGGUUGUGCCACAUAAAAGAAAGGAAACUCCAUGUGAAGAAGUUCAAAAAGACAAGACGCAUGCUCAAACUCAUCAAGCUUCUAACAAACAACCAUCUAAGACAAAAGCAGUAGCAGUCGUGGAGACGUUUUUGGAGGAAAGUGAAACCAUAUUCGGAUAAGCCAAGAGACAGUAAUUUGCAUGUGGUAGAGAUUCCUGAUGACGAUGUUAGUGCUUUAAGAACUUUGACAACCAUUAAAGAGCCAAACAAUGUCAACAUAUCGAUAGUGUCACUCCAAAGCAAGCCACAAGGUAGUAGUGAAUCUAUGGCAGAGCCAGACUCAAGGAAAUUACUUCCGAUCUAAGUCUGAGCUAGAGGCGACUUCCAAUCCUCAUAGUGGAGCUAAAGCAAAAUUCGGGUCUAAUUUUCACGAACGACCAACACCAAUAAUGUCUAUCUUUGAUGAAAGAAAGGUUGUCUUGACACUUCACAAGAAUUUCAUCUUGGAUGCUUGGACUUAAAUUCAUGCUAAACUCUCCGACCUUACUGCAGACCGUGUUUAUUCUAUUGCAUAUGAGGUCCAAGUGAUUCUCGAGGAGAUGUAUGGAAAGGGUGUGGAUAUUUUCCCUUUGAAGAACCUAUUGAAAUCUUUCUUUGAGCUUCCCACUUCGUAUAACCAGGCACUGUCAAUUCUUUCCGAUAAGGUCGUGGAAGUUAAAAAAUUAGAGUCAUUUUUAAAAGCCAAGGAAGAUCUUGAUCUUUUCUUGACUGAGAAAGGAGAGAAGGUCGAGGAACUAUCUACCACCAGUCAAUCUCUCAAAGAGGCCAAGGAGAAGGUGAAGCAGUUAAGAGCUCUCCGAGAUGCUGCCAAGAAAAAGGUUGAAGAGAUUGAAUCUAGAGUCUCAUCUACUGAAGAGAAGUACCGUAGAUGUUCUGAUGCUUCCUUGGUGAUUACUGAUGAUUUGGCCGACGUGGAGAAGAGGAAGAAAUACUUAGAGGCUACCCUUCAAGACUUGGUCAAUUACAAGUUAUGUUUAGAUUAGCCUAUAUGAAGUAUUUUAUUUGCAUUUUUUUUUUGCAUUUAAUUGAUUAGCGGAAAAUCUUCUUUUGUUUUGGUUUAUAUUGCACAUUCUCAUGGAUAUUUUUACUAUUUGUUUCAUAGUUUAACAUCAGCAAGUGCUUUCUUAUUCUGGUAUAUUGACGCCAAUGUAGUAGGCUUUGACUUUCUUUUAAACAUUGUUGUUGUUGACAUCUAGAGGUUCUCUAGAUUUGAA